UGGGACCAGGCUCGUCACCCGCCCGGUCUCUGCGCCCCGGCUCCUCCAACCCCUGGGCGGGCCGGGGUACUGCUUGGGCAAGGGCUGGGGCGCUGGGCCUAGCCUGUCCCCCUCCUCCGCUUCCCCGUGCAGUUCCCAGGGCUGGACACGCUGGAGAAGUUGAGCUGCGCCCGAGCUGGCCCUGGUGGCUGACAGUGGGCAAAGUUUGGUCUGAAGAGGAAGUAGCCUCAAGCCCCGGCAGGUGGCGGCCAGGCCCGGACAGGGGCCCUUGCGGCCUGCGAGUUGGCUGUAGGCGACAGUGCGCCCCAGCACCCGGCCCGGAGCCGAGUCCCGGGGCUCCAGGAGCCCACUCCGGAGAGAGAGCGCGGCGGCGGCGGAAGAAAACAACUCUAAAGUUGCUAGAGGCACCGCCCCUACUCCCCGGCCGCGCUGUCUCCGGUUCCCCAGCCCUGGCAUCCAGAACACGGGUCGAGCCCGGGCCAUGCAGCCCCCUUGGGGAGGUGGCACCGGGGAGCCUGGACGCCUGCAGCCUCGCUGCCUCCCCAGUGAGUAGACGACCGAAGCUCCGGAACUCUUCCUGCACCUCCAGACGGCUCAGGAUGCUGCCAGCCAUCCUCAUUCUCUUCCUCCUUGGAGGCGCUCUGGCACAUCCAGACCGGAUCAUUUUCUCAAAUCCCGCUUGUGAGGACCCCCCAGCAGUGCUACUGGAAGUACAGGGCACCCUACAGAGGCCCCUGGGCCGUGACAGCCGCAGCUCCCCUGCCAACUGCACCUGGCUCAUCCUGGGCAGCAAGGAGCAGACAGUAACAGUCAGGUCCCCUCUCUACUGUGCCUCUGCAGACUGGCUGAUGUGCCUGCCGAACGAAUUCCAGUGCCUGAACCACCGCUGUGUACCUGCUUCCCAGCGCUGUGAUGGGAUCGAUGUCUGUGGAGAUGGUUCUGAUGAAGCAGGUUGCAUCUCAGACCCGUUCCCUGGCCUGACCCCAGGCCCCAUCCCUACCCUACCUUGCAAUGUCACCUUGGAGGACUUCUAUGGGGUCUUUUCCUCCCCUGGAUACUCACAUCUGGUUUCAGUCUCCCACCCCCAGUUCUGCCACUGGCUUCUGGAUCCCCAUGAUGGCCGGCGCCUGGCAGUGCGUUUCACAGCCCUGGACUUGAGCUAUGGAGAUGCAGUGCAUGUGUAUGAUGGCCCAGGGCCCCCUGAGGCCUCCCGGCUGCUGCGUAGCCUCACUCACUUCAGCAAUGGCAAGGCUGUCACUGUGGAGACACUGUCUGGCCAGGCAGUUGUGGCCUACCGCACAGGUCCUUGGAGCAAUGGUCGGGGCUUCAAUGCCACUUACCAUGUGCGGGGCUACUGUUUGCCUUGGGACCGACCCUGUGGCUUAGGCUCUGGCUUGGGGGCUGGUGAAGGCCUAGGUGAGCGCUGCUACAGUGAGGCACAGCGCUGCGAUGGUUCAUGGGACUGUGCUGAUGGCACAGAUGAGGAGGACUGCCCCAGCUGCCCACCUGGGCACUUUCCCUGCGGGCCUGCUGGUACCCCUGGUGCCACAGCUUGUUACCUGCCUGCUGACCGCUGCAACUACCAGACUUUCUGUGCUGAUGGAGCAGAUGAGAGACGUUGCCGGCACUGCCAGCCUGGCAAUUUCCGAUGCCGGGAUGAGAAGUGUGUGUAUGAGACGUGGGUGUGUGAUGGGCAGCCGGACUGUGCAGAUGGCAGCGAUGAGUGGGACUGCUCCUAUGCCCUGCCCCGCAAGGUCAUUACAGCUGCAGUCAUUGGCAGCCUAGUGUGUGGCCUGCUACUGGUCAUCGCCCUGGGCUGCACCUGCAAGCUCUAUGCCAUUCGCACCCAGGAGUACAGCAUCUUCGCUCCCCUCUCCCGGAUGGAGGCCGAGAUUGUACAACAGCAGGCACCACCCUCCUAUGGGCAGCUCAUUGCCCAAGGUGCCAUCCCACCUGUGGAAGACUUCCCUACGGAGAACCCUAAUGAUAAUUCAGUGCUAGGCAACCUGCGUUCCCUGCUACAGCUCUUGCGCCAGGACAUGACUCCAGGAGGUGCCUCAGGUGCUCGCCGCCGCCCGAGGGGUCGCUUCGUGCGCCGCCUAGUGCGCCGCCUCCGCCGCUGGGGCCUGCUUCCAAGAUCCAACCCCCCAGCCCGGGCCCCUGAGACUAGGUCCCAGGUCACCCCUUCUGCUGCUCCCCUUGAGGCCCUAGAUGGCAACACAGUUCCAACCCGUGAGGGUGGGGCAGUAGGUGGGGGAGAUGGGGAACAGGCACCUCCACUGCCCAUCAAGGCUCCCCUGCCAUCUCCCAGCACAUCUCAGCCUCUCCCUCCUGUCCCCGAGGCUCCAGAGCCACUGCCCUCACUGCCUGUAGAGCCAUCACUGUUGUCUGGAGUUGUGCAGGCCCUGCGAGGCCGUCUCCUACCCAGCCUGGGGUCCCCAGGACCAACCCGCAGCCUGCCUGGACCUCACACAGCAGCCCUGGCCCCAGAAGAUGAGGACGAUGUGCUGUUGGUGCCACUGGCUGAGCCAGGGGUCAGGGUAGUUGAGACAGAGGAUGAGCCACUGCUUGCCUGAGGGGACCUGGCUCCCCUGGGGGCUCUAGUCACAGCCCUCUAGAGGAUGGCUCAGCUUCUACUCCACUACUUCCUUCUCUGGCCCUUGGUCUAAGGGGACUUGGUAGGCCUCCCAUUGACCCUGUGUAGCUGCUGUAAAGCUAGGUGUCUCUCUGGCAGGGAAGGGGCUUACACAGAGAGUGCCCUCUGUACAUGCCGGACUCUCCAUACCACUACCAUUCAGGUGACUGUUUUUAAAAAGUAAAGUUCUGGGAGUUUUUUCUCUUUUGAGACAGAACUCACUACGUUGCCCUUGGUAGAGUGUCGUGGUGUCACAGCUCACAGCAACCUCAAAUUCUUGGGCUUAAGCAAUUCUCUUGCCUCAGCCUCCCAAGUAGCUGGGACUACAGGCACCUGCCUAAAAAGUAAAGUUCUUAAAGGAUCAUAGGCCUGGACACUCCAUCCUUGCCAAACCCCCACCGAAAAGUGCCCUUAAGCACCAGAAUACCCAUUGGCUAGAGACCCUCCAGCCCUCUGGGAGCAUUUGGGCAGAGCCCCACCCUCUUAUGGGGCCUGGCUCAUAAAAGAGUGAAACAAAUGCUUUUGUCCCAUAGCUAGGCCAUUGCCCAGGAAGUAGAGGCCAAAAAAUAAAGGAAUCCUAAAUGUUAAAA